AUGUCCGGGGCAGCUAGUCGUUUGCGCAAUCUCACCCACCACUUCCUCCCCACAUCGCCAUGGGCCACAGAUCCCAAAAGGGAGACCUCCCACCCCUUCAACCGGCACACGCUUUCUCCCACAUUCUUCCUCCCGCGCGCAGCUGCUAUUGAACCGAAUGCGCAAGCUAUCUAUCACGUCACCGCAAACAACAAGGUCCUAAGGAGAUCAUAUAUCGAGACAGCGGACCGGGCUAGGGGAUUUGCUUAUUACCUAAGAAAACAUGGCUUCAAGAGAGUUGGCAUAUUAUGUCCUAACACUCCAGCCUUUUUGGAGUCGAUUUUUGCGAUAGGUGCAGCGGGGGGAGUCAAUGUUGCUGUCAAUUAUAGAUUAAAACCAGAAGACAUUGCGUAUAUCUUCAACCAUUCCGAAGCCGACGUCAUCAUCGUUGACAAAGAAUUUGUCCCGCUCCUCGACGAGUUCAAGAAGACGAAUGGUCAUGUACCUCUGAUUAUCGACACGGACACAGACGCUAUAGAAGGCGAGCUUAGCGGGCCGUUCGAUCAAGCCGUAUUGGAAGGCCUUAGCUUUGAUACUACGUCCGGAAACCAUGGAUGGCAGGGAUUGGAAGCUCAGACGCCGGAUGAGGAUGCGCUCAUUGCGCUUGCGUACACGAGCGGCACCACUUCACGACCCAAGGGCGUCGAGUACAUCCACCGCAGCUGCUAUCUGGCAACUCUCGCAAAUAUAAUAGAGUCUGGACUAAACUCCAGCCAGGGUCGGUGUCGGUAUCUUUGGACACUACCAAUGUUCCAUGCUAUGGGAUGGACAUUCCCAUGGGCCGUGACGGCCGUCAGAGGCACACAUUACUGCCUUCGGAAGAUCAACUACCCUCUGAUUUGGAAACUACUCAAGGAAGAAGAUAUCACGCACUACUGCGCAGCUCCGACGGUCAAUACCAUCCUCUGCAGCUCGAAGGAGGCGGAGGUACUUCCCAAUCCCGUCCGGGUUACGGUUGCAGCAAGCCCCCCAACACCACAUCUUUUUGAACAAAUGACAAAUCUCAACCUGCACCCGGUCCAUGUUUACGGGCUUACUGAGACCUACGGCCCAAUCACAAAGGGCUAUUACUUGCCUCAGUGGGAUAACAUCCCAACAGAGGAGAAAUAUAAGAAGAUGGCUCGGCAGGGCCAUGGAUUCCUAACCAGUCUUCCGGUACGUGUAAUAAAGACUGAAGUACCAGAAGGAACUGUUAUCGACGUCGAGAAAAAUGGGGAGGAAAUGGGCGAGAUUGUAUUCGUCGGCAACAUUUGCGCCAGGGGCUACUAUAAAAAUGAAGAGGAAACGAAGAAGUUGUUUAGCGGAGGCGUGCUCCACUCAGGGGAUCUGGCUGUAUGGCACCCAGACGGAGCGAUCCAGAUCCUAGACCGUGCUAAGGACAUUAUCAUUAGCGGCGGCGAAAACAUAUCCUCUGUUGCAUUAGAGUCCAUGCUUGCAACACAUCCAGACAUUCUUGAAGCCGGAGUGGUCGCUGUGCCUGAUUCCCAUUGGGGCGAGCGCCCAAAAGCUUUCAUCACGGUCCAUGCCGGCAAGCAGCUUGAAGGCAAAGACGUGAUUGAGUGGGCAAAACAUGUGAGCGGUAUCAGCCGGUUCAUGGUCCCCAGAGAAGUUGAAGUCGUGCGCGAACUGCCCAAAACUAGCACCGGGAAGCUGAAGAAAAAUGUACUGAGGCGGUGGGCAAAGGGCGAGGAUCGGACCCUUGAAUGA